GUAAGUAUGUGAGGAAUCACUGAAUUCUACUCCUGAAACUAAUAUUGCACUGUGUGUUUACUAACCAAAGCUUAAAUUAAAAAAUAAUAAGAGAAAUAUAAAUUAUCUAAAUAAUGUUUAUACUGACUUAUGAUCCAAAAUAAUGGCUUGAAAGACCUUUAUUAAGGUCUGUUUUUAUAUUUUGCUAUUUAGCUCUGAUGAAGAAUCACAGGCUUUUCAUUUUUAUGGAAUUACUCCCUUUAUUUAGUACCUUGUUCCUAAUUACUCCUGCUGUCAUAAUGAUGUAGAUUAGUAACCAGACAAUGGACACAAAGAGGUUAAAAGAUUUUUAAGCUCUUAUUGGAACUUGUGAUUAGAAUUUAUGAUUGUAAGUCAUUACUAACUGUAUCCUUUCUGUCUUUUCAGAGGAGCACAAAAAAAAGGUCAGGCUUCAUGUGUUUAGAGUAUUAAAACUUUCAAGGAAAGCAAAAGUAUAAAUCUAGAACCUUUCCCAAAUUUCAAACUAAACAUUAAUAUUUAAUGUAAAUUAUUAUUAAUUUCAGGCUUUUGGAAAAGAAUUUGAUAAACACUUUGGGAAAGGAGGUUCUAAGCUACCUGGAAUGAAACUCCACGACUUCACAGACAUUAGUGACUCACUAUUUUAUAAAAUGUGCAGAGACUCAAAGCCACCUGGGAAUCUCAAAGAAUGCUCACCCUGGAUGAGUGACUUCAAAGUAGAAUUUUUGAGAAAUGAGCUAGAGAUUCCUGGUCAAUACGAUGGCAAAGGAAAGCCAGUGCCAGAAUACCAUGCACGAAUCGCUGGGUUUGAUGAGCGGGUAAAAGUAAUGGCUUCUAUCAGAAAGCCGAAGCGCAUCAUCAUCCAAGGCCAUGAUGAGAAAGAGUACCCUUUCCUUGUCAAGGGGGGUGAAGACCUGCGGCAGGACCAGCGGAUAGAACAACUCUUUGAGGUCAUGAAUGUCAUCCUUUCUCAGGACACUGCCUGUAGCCAGAGAAACAUGCAGUUGAAGACCUACCAUGUCAUACCCAUGACCUCCAGAUUAGGACUAAUUGAAUGGAUUGAAAAUACUUUUACCUUGAAGGACUUUCUUUUGAGUAACAUGUCACGAGAGGAGAAAGCAGCUUAUACAAGGUGAUGUGAAGCCUAAGUACUCCUCCUUCAGCUCUGCCCAGACACAUCCUGCAAACCUGUUACUCCCCAGUCGUGAUCUCCCUGAGUAAUGUUGUUUUAUAUUAAGUUUCCUCUACCUCAGGUUUCCAGUGACAUUUCUGGGCCCCUUCUAAUUUGGGACUCUGAGCCACACCCUGGUUAGUUGUUUUCUCCACCUCUGGCUGGGUGAAUAAACUAAAUGGAGUACAGCGUUCCAAACAGUAGCAGCAUAAAUUUUACCACAAUAAAAAAAAAAAAGUAUUAGCUUUGCAACAACAAAAAUCUUGAAGGAAAUAAAAUAAUAAGAUUAGCAGCUAACAUUUGAUUAAACAUUUUCCGCAUGCUAGGCAGUAUUCUCAGUUCUUAAUAUGUAUGAAGUCAUUUCUUUCUUACAAAAACCAACAAGUAAUUAUUAACACCUCUGUACAGAUGAGGAAGUUAAGGCCCAGAGAGGUUCUGUAAGUUGUCCUAGGCUGCCCAGAAUAUAAGUAGGCUAGCUAGGAUUAUUAGUCAUUAAUUCUAGGUCAUGAUAUUGGUGUUUUUAUUUUUCUUUAUCCUUUUAUAUUUUCCAAGUUUUCAACAAUGAACAUAUAUUUUUAAACAGAAAGAGGUUUUUUCUUUUGUUUUGUUUUUUGUUUCUGUAAAGAAAAAUAAGGACAACAUUGAAAGUCAUUUUGAAGAAGCAGUGACAAGUUUUGAUGACUAACUAUUGGAUGAAGGAAGAGGAAAUGGUGAUAAAUAGCUCAAGGCCUGUUUCUAUUCACUGUACUCUAUUCUGUCCUGAAAGUAUUUGAUUAGGAGUGAAAUUCUCAUCAGUCAAAAAUGAUUUCUGUAAAAUUAAGCAUAUUCUUAUCAAACUCUUGCUCCUGCUAAUAAGACUGUGUUUAGAAACUUUUAAUCUCAGUCAUUUGAGUCCUUUGCCUACAGUUGUUUCUGCGUUCCCUGGAAGACAGGGAAACUGAUGAACAGUACUUUCUGGAGUCAGGAAUUCCAGAUCUCACUCCAGUGCUAAAUUACACUAUUUCUGACUUACAGUAGGAAUCUUUUUUUUUUUUAAUGUUUUUUUAUUAUAUUAUGUUAGUCACCAUACAGU